GCACCACGGGGAAACCUGGCUCUCACCUACCAUUAUGGACGCGUCCACCUUGAUGGACUGGCGAAAUGCCGUCAUCGCCAUAGAUUUGAAACGUAUUUCCGCCAUUCUGACCAUCAAUCAGACCAUAGUCUCUGCGCCUUUAAUGGAUAUCCCAAGCGAUAUACAAAUUCCUGUGAAACUGGGAAGCCCAUCAGAGAUGUCAGCCCUACAAUACACUUUGCUGACAAUGUGGUCAUACAACACCAGCAUGUCUCCAAACGAGAAGCAAUUGACUAAAGCUCGCAAACAGUUAGUUGAUCUCUUGUUGCAGACCUCACUGGCAUCAGAUCUGGACUAUCAGAACGAUCAUGGAGAUACUAUUUUGCACUUUGCAGCAGCUUUGGACUUGGCUGAUACGGCUGCUUCUAUCGUAGCCAGAGGUGCUUCUACUGAUCUGAAAAAUAGAGACAACGCAACCCCUGAAAAUCUCGUCGCUUCAGCUAAUACUAGGUCUGUUUUGGAGGCAGCUAUCAAACAACGGCCUGCCAUCAAGGCAUUGCGACAAAAUUCCUUGGUAUCCAACAGUGUUUUCAAACAAAACCUUCAAAAUACAGGCAACAACCGUAUGGCUAAAACCAGGAUACCUGAGUACUCUUCAAAGGAUCGAUUCACUGAGUUACGGAGAUUGGCAGAAUCAUCUGCUACUGGGUCGGACCAGCGUGUUGUUACCAAGAAGGAUAUCAGCAAUUACAUUCAACCUGGUAUGCUGGAGCAGAAAAAGAAGGGCUUAUCUAUGGAAGAGGUGCAACGAGAAGAGCGCAUACGACAAGCUAAAAGAAGAGCUGAAGUGGAACAGUUGGUGACCAAGAAGGUGGUCAACACGAGCCGAUUUGUUACCGAGCGAUCAAAGUCCACACCGUAUGUUGCUCCUGUCGCGGCUGAUCAACAUGUUUCACCUUCUACAUCUCCUGCCAUUGGAACUGAACGGAAAUUUUCAGCACUUAAGGAAAAGUCUUAUGUCUCUACCAGUGUUUUCCGACAGCAGUCAGCAGAAUCGGAUGAUGCGGAAGAGCGUAGUCCCACCAGCAACUUCCAGGAUGCAGACGAUGCUAUUCAUGACGAGCAGGUGGUUCAUUUGAAAAUCGGUGAUCAACACAUUUAUGAAGCAAGCUCGAACGCCAUGUCUGAAGAUCUAGGCGAAGAAGACGAAUACGAAGAGGCUGCUAUAGCUGAGGAGCCUGAAGCGUAUUAUAACGAGGAGGAAGAUAUGAAUGAAGAUUAUGUAUCUACGGAAGAAUAUGAAACUGUAGCUGAUCAAGAAGAGAAUGACGAUGCAGUCGAUAUUGGGGAAGAUAAUGUCACUGAAGACAUUCACACCCAUAGCGAUAGCUUGGACGACGAUACCAAAGAGGAAGCUGAGGAAGUUGAACCAUCUGUCACCGAGCCGGUAGAAGACACUAUGGUAGAUUUACCAGAAGAAGAUGAAGAUUUCCGGCAGCCCAAAAUUACCGAAAGGAAUAUAAGAGACUCGGUACCAUACCCUAUCAAAUUACUGGGUCUAGACGACAACGACCCAGAAGCUCUCAAUGCAGCUUUUCAGAGGAUUGUCAUUACCCCAGCACAAGACAUCGCAGAUGAGACUGAUCGUUUCGAUCAUGAAACCACCCUAUUGCGACCAAGAAGCAAUAGUAAUUCAAGUGCGGUCUCGAAUAACUCGAUCGUUCACGAUGUUGAACCUGCAGUUUCAGACACAGCUACCCAUUGGGACACUGGUGUAAUGACGCUGGAAUCUACAAUGACUAAGGUUGAUCAACAGGACAACAAAUUUCAUUCGGCCGGUAACGAUGAUGACGACCAGUUCAUUUCUGAUACGGCGUCAAUAUUGGAUAUCAGCUUUCCAUCUUCUCGUCUCAAUUUCGAUGACGACGUUAUAUCAUUCAGAUCUUUUGAUGACCAACCAAAGUCAAGCAAUAGCUUACUAGAUAAGACCUUACCGCAAAAGCCAGAACGCGAUUACUUCGGAAGUAUAUCGGUAGCUAGAACCAGCACAUACUCCAGGAAAGCGUCCACUGACUCUGACCGGCCCAGCUUAGCGUCGCUAGAGACCAAAAGCACAGUUCAAUCUGGCGCUGGUGCGUCUCCAUCCGGUAGUGAUUUACGCAUCGAUACCGGAAGCAUUACAUUUUCCAAAAGCACCGGAUUGACCAAUCUACCUAUCUCACAAUCCAUUCGACGUAAGCCGAUUGGUCUCGUACCAGAGAAGACCAAGAGUGAAGUCAUCCCUCGUUCACAAGAGAGAUCUACAUCCAGACAAGGCAAUUACCUCAUUGACGACGACGACGUCCCUCUUUCCGCUACAAGUAAAUCGCCACCUGCGCUUAAAAACCACGAAGGCAAAACAUCACUACGUUCGGUGCGACCUCAAGUGUCUCAUCUGAGAGGAAAGCUUCUUGUGCGUAUUUGUAGAUUCAACGUCGAGCCAACCUUAAUCAUGCCAAAGGAACCAUUUCAUCUCCGGUGUAUUUUAACGGAUGGCAAAAACGAAUACCAAUCGCAAUAUACCCAACUUGGCAAUGAGAUCGAUAUCAACCAAGGGUGCCUCAUCUCUGCGUUUCCAGACAUGAAAUUCCGACUUAGCUUGCAGGCAAGGUCGGAUGCAUAUGUCAAGCCUAAGAAGCAACUGACCCGUCUACUGAGCACUGCAGCGCGGAAGCAAUCCAACACAGUGCUUAAUCUGGUCAACAAGGAUGAUGGCCAUUUCGGACAAACUCGUAUCCAGCUUCGAUCUAUUGCUCACUUGUGUCGAAACAGCCUUUAUACUGCUGCUUUUGAUUGCUAUAAUAAUUGGAGUGCAAUUUCCAAAGCUGGCUCAAAGGCAAAUGUCGUGCGAGAUAACUUGGUAGUGGUUGGUAACUUAGUGCUUCAACUCUACUUUAUUCCCCAUGUCGAUGGCGUUCGACUCCCAAAUACUGUCAAAGAGUGUGAGGCUGGACUAGACAUCAAGCGAUGGUAUAACACAAGUUGGUUAUCUGGUGAGAUCUGUGUAUUGAAGCCAGAGCGGGAUGAGACUUGGCGUAAGCGCUACGCCAGAUUGAUUGGGGCUCACUUGUACAUCCAUAGGGAUAUUCAUGACAGUCAGCAGGAAUGCAUUGAUUUAACAACCGUCAAAGUAGUGACGGCUGACCGGCAAGUGAUCGCUAAAGCGACUCGCAAGCCUGAAACAACAGCAGGCAAGAGGUCAUCGAGACUAGCCGACUUCAUCACCAGCGAGGAUAUUAUAGAUGAAGAGGAUGAUCAAUUGUACUGCGACGACCCACUGGCGUUCCGAUGUACAUUCAAGGAUGAUACAACCAUAGACAUUCUCUGUGAUGUCAGUAUGGCUCGCGAUCGUUGGCUGAAGGCCAUUAAAGGCGUAAUGAACAAGGCUCCGUCAAUACCAGGUUGGUUAGCCCAAGACCUUUCUAGCAUCUAACGCAACAGACUUGUAAAAAGAAAAAAAAAAACAUAGCUGUUGAUCUUUGUAAAAUCAGAACACAAAUAAACAAAUAACAAUCUAUAAUAAUCACUUAGUGUAGAGUAAAGCCCAAUGAAAAAAAGGCUUCUCCAUGAAACAGAUUUUAUUUACAUUGUCUUUCGGCGAAUUGGAGAACCGCCAUAUCGGGUCAACAAUACUUUCAUCUUGUUGUAAGCCUUUUGUACAGCUGGUGGGAUCUUCUUGUUUGCUUGUGGUGGCAAGAUUAGCUUGUCAAGGCGGUCGCUAAUAGAGGCGAAUACAUUACGGGUUUGUUCACUCAUAUGAUAGCGGAGUCUUAAAAAGUGGGCAAAGAGCAAGACAGAAAACGCAGACGAUUGAAAGCUGACGGAGUGUGUUUUGGUUAGAUGGGAUGGAUGCUUUUCCCG